CUCAUAAUGGCACAUAUUUUUGUUACAGGGAAUUUGUUCGUGAUAGCGGCUAUUCUGUUAGAGCGAAACUUACAAUCUGUAGCAAAUUAUUUAAUUGUCAGUUUGGCUGUCGCGGAUCUUAUGGUCGCCUGCCUCGUAAUGCCUCUUGGAGCUGUUUAUGAAAUAAACUCGGGAUGGUCACUCGGUCCGGAGCUCUGCGACAUGUGGACUAGCAGCGACGUUCUGUGCUGCACAGCCUCGAUAUUGCAUCUGGUGGCUAUCGCGGUCGACAGAUAUUGGGCAGUCACCGAUAUCAAUUAUAUACAGGCGAGGAAUCCGAGAAGAAUCGGCAUCCUGAUCAUCACCGUGUGGGUGGUAUCCUUAGGAAUCUCAUUAGCGCCUCAGCUCGGAUGGAAGGAUCCUGAUUAUUUGGUCCGCAUAGCCCAAGGGACGUGUCUUGUGUCGCAGGAUCCUGCAUAUCAGAUUUUCGCAACUUGCGCGACGUUUUAUGUCCCACUUCUAGUUAUUUUAUUCCUGUAUUGGAGGAUAUUCCAAGCGGCGCGAAAAAGGAUUAGGAAGAGACCUGGCACUAUUCUUCAGCCGCCGCGUGAACGAAGGGGCAUCCUCAGGCUCGUCACGAGAAGGCCGCGUGAGGAAUCGACGGCGUUCACCAUCACGAGAACUACGCCAGACCACUCGUCCAUCUCGCCGGAGAAGUCAUCGUCAUACAACGGCGCGAAUGCCACACCGUCGACGACGGUAACACCGACGGCAAUCUCGACGACGACGACCACUACCACCACGACGACAUUGACAAAUCCGACCAGCACGAGCCAGCAGCCGGUAGUCAAGUGCACGAAGCGCACACGCGAGACGAUCGAGUCGAAGCGCGAGCGUAAGGCAGCGAAGACCCUGGCGAUCAUCACCGGUGCCUUCGUCGCCUGCUGGCUACCAUUCUUUUUCACCACGCUGCUGCAAGCCACAUGCCAGACUUGUAAGCCACCCGAAGUCGUGUCCAGUGUGUUCCUAUGGCUCGGAUACUUCAACAGCACCCUCAACCCCGUAAUUUACACUGUGUUCUCGCCGGAAUUUCGGCAGGCAUUCAAAAGGAUGCUGUGCGGUGGUACACGGGGACUUCGCUGA